AUGAUGCGCCUAUCCAACCGAUUCUACGCCCUAUGCGCCGUGGCCGCGUGCACUAUCCUCUACUCCGCGUGGUUUCUCACCUCCCGCAACUUUGGCGACAUUGUUCCACUGACAUCCGAGAAAUUUCGCACGGCGACCUCGUUUGACCAGCGAUUAGUGGUCUUCGGAGAUUCGUGGAGCGAUAACGAUACGGGGGAUGAACGGGGGCACGUAUGGACGGAUCAGCUUUGUGAGAUGUUCUCAUGCCACCAAGAAAACCUCGCUCAAACUGCAAAGUCCGCGCUCAGGGGCAAAUACGCCGGCUCGGUGGUAGAUAACGCCGAGCUCGACCUGUUCGGCCGCCUGUCUCAGACCAAGCUGGCUGAUUUUAAAGGCCAGCUUCAGCAGUGGCUGGAUGCGGAGUCGGCCUCGCUGGCGGGCCUGACCGAGGAGCAGAUCCGCUCGCGCCAAGAGCGCACCAUCUUCGUCGUCUCCUUCGGUGUCUGGGACAUCUGGAGCCUCGUGACCAAGGAUUACAAUACGGCGACCGGCUCGGUCGAGCGGCGCAUCUCCACGCUGGUCAAGCAGCUGAAUUACUUAUCCGAGCGCUGGGGCUCCGGCUCUGACAGGCUCAAGGUCAUCCUGACACAGACCGUCGACGUGACCUUCCUGCCAGGCUUCACGGCCACUGGCGGUGACGAGUACAAGGACGCAGUGCGCAUCCUGGAGACUUGGAAUAAGGGACUGAGGCAGGCGGCGAAGGAAUGGGACCGCGGUACCAUCUACUUAUUCGACACGAAUGCCUUUGUGAUGGAUCGCAUCCGCGAUUGGCAAUUGUAUGCGGCGGGCAUUGAGGAGGAAAAUGGACUGGGCAAGAACCGGGAUCCUGGGUGGGAGGAUGUCGAAAACGCCUGCGUCGAAAGCGAGAGUGGCUUCCAGGUCAUGAUGUCAAAAGACAAGUCCAAGGUGAAGGAAACGUGUGAGCACCCUGACAAGUAUCUAUUCUGGAACGAUAUGCAUCUGGGACCCAGCGCCCACCGUCUCAUGGCGACAGAGAUCUACCAUGGGAUUGACGGCGUACUCCUGAACCCUGGCGCAGGCUCCGGGUCCACCUCCAAGUCGGAAGAGACAGUGGCCAAGAGCAUCCCAGCACCCAAGCGCCACAGCCGACGGAGCUCUGCAGCUUAG